CGUGUACGUCACAACUCUUGCUGGAGUCAGCCUACAGGCUAUAUACAAAGACCACAAUUUUAACGAACUCGAAGAAUUCCUACCACGACCACAUCAACGGUGUGUUCGCCUUAAUUUUCAACGCUUGAUGUCCCAGUCAGCGGCAGCUUCACUGGUGACCUCAGUUCCCACUCUCACCAGUACCAUCGCUCAGGCCACAGGAGAGCCAUCCACUGGCGAUCUGGUUCCUGCUCGUCAUGCCAGUCCCCUGGUAGCGUUCAUAAUUGGAUUGGCGAUCAUUUUGCUUGCGUCUAUCCUGAAUGCCGCUGGUCUAAAUAUCACAAAGUUGGAUCAUGUGCGGACGAGCACUAUUCCAAAGUCAGCCCGCAGGCGAGACUGGCUGCGACCGCUAUGGAUUUUAGGCAUGGUUUUGUAUAUUUUAUCCCAGCUCAUAGGGAGCACGCUUGCCUUGGAUUAUAUGAGGGCAGAAUAUGUCGCCCCCCUCGGAUCUACAUCUCUCAUCUUUAAUUUCCUAUUCGCUAGAUUUUUAAUUGGUACCCCAGUCACACAAACAGAUAUCUAUGGUACGAUGAUCGUAGUACUCGGUGUCAUCGGUAUCGUUGCCUUUGGAGCUGUCAACAGUGGUCUGUCAACGGAAACGGAUGUCAAUCAUCUCACCGCUUUAUGGCGGCGUGGUGGUUGGCUCGCAUUCUUCUUCUGCAUGUCCAUCGCCCUCAUUCUCGUCCUCAUUUUCACAAAUUCUCUGGAUGAUGUUCUCGCUGCACGGUCAGACUUGGACUCAGAACCCUUUGCAGGCAUGAGUGCACGGAGGUCGCGCGACUCAAGCACUACUUACCUCGGAAAGGCCAAGGACAGCUGGAAUACAUGGAUAUUAUGGGUUAAGGAAAGGUUAGAGACAUGGACUGCGCCUCAGGAUGAUACGCAAGUUGCGUGGGUGCUUGGAAUUGGGUGGGCAUGCUGUGGGGGUGGACUUGCUGGAGGGUGUCUGGUUUUCGCCAAAGCCACCGUGAAGUUACUUACAGGAAGCCUCUCGCAUGAGAACCCCGGAAACCAGUUUGGCCAUCUAGCUCCUAUAUUCACAAUCAUUCUACUCGUGAUCACGGCUGUACUUCAGAUCAUUUGUCUCAACCGUGGACUUAAGGUUUACGACUCCACUCUCGUUGUCCCAGUUUUCUAUGGCGUCUAUACUGCAACUGGUUUUCUGGACUCGUUGGUAUUCAAUAACGAAGUUGACGCCUACAAGCCAUGGAUACUCUUCCUUAUCUUCGCCUCAAUAAUGAUUCUCAUCUCCGGUGUGGUCCUCCUAACACAUAAAAAACCCGAGCGAUCAACUCGUACGCCUGCUGCCACUGUAUUGUCUGGCUUGUCGUCUCACAAGGCUGCUCGGUCCUCUUCAAAAGUCAAUCGUUUAGACGAAGACGACGAGAAUGAUGAUGAAGAGCAAACUUUGAGAAAAACAGAAGAAGGUGAGGAGGAUCGGGCAGUACUAUGGCAAGUAGGGGAUAUUAGCGAGGAUGAGGACGACCAAGUUGGUAAUGGACAUACGCCAAGAGGCGUGCAUGUAGCUGGAAGCAUGACACGUGUCACUGGAGAGGCAUCGAGGCUGAUGCGAGAUGAGGAGGAAGUAAACUUCGAACAAAGACACGAACACAGUCACUCGAUUUCCUCAGACACAACACUGGCUCAGAAUCCGCAGGAUCCAUUCCACGAUGAUGACGAUGACGAGGAGUUUGGGCAGUGGAAAUGACAGAUACCGUCCAUGCGACAACCCCAUACCCGUUGAACCAACGUUGGACUGCACAUAUAUGCAAUACUUUCAUAAUUGCUUCAUACAUUACUACAUUCACACGCGUCUAAUAGUUGCUUCGCGAACUUUGUGACAUUGGUUCCGUUGAUCGGGUGUUUGGUUGACUGAAUCAUAUGUAUUUGCUCAAUAAAUUGGU